AUGCGAUCCGUUUUCAUAAUUAGUAUGUUAUUUGUGACUUCUUCUUUUGGCUUUGAUUGUACACAACCAAGAGAUAAUGGAAAUUCAUGCAGUGAGAAUGGAGCUGCCAGAGCGUUUUAUUUUGAUACAAGAACUAAAGUCUGUCAACCUUUCCUCUACUCUGGAUGCGGUGGCAACGACAACCGAUUCGCCACAUCCAAGGAAUGCCGUGACUCCUGUCAAAACAAGAAGCCAUCUACAACAACUUCAUCUCCGAAUACAAUUUCUGAAGAUUCUGACAGUACCACAUCACCAAACUCUCCUCCAUUUGUUCCCCAAGGAAAUUCUCACGAUCAAUGGAGAAAAGCAGAAAUUUGUGGAGCAAACUAUUUGAUUCCAAAUGGAAAGUACACUCUUUGUUCUCCAAACAAAAAGUGCCCAAAGUUCCAUUCGUGUGUGAAUGGUGCAUGUUGUCCAUCGAAGGACUACGUGUGCUCUUUGAGAGAUGACAACGGAAGUUUCAUGGACGGAGUCGAGGAUCGUCCAAGAUUCUCCUGGAAUAACGAUGUUCGUAGCUGUACUAGAUGGAGUUAUUACGGAGCUAAUGGAAAUUAUAACAACUUCCCAAACUUCCAAUCGUGUAUGAGAUAUUGUCAGGACUCGAACAAAAUCGAUUUAUAG